GGCACAGGAAGACGAAAGGAGGGAACGGUCGGACUUUUGGGCAGCCGGGGUCUCCUGUUGUCCGGGGGCGCCGUGCAUCGCUGACGGCGGUUGACGGGCUGCUGCAUUUGAGGACUGCCCACAACAGUGGUGCAGAUUGCAGUGUGCUGUUUAUUCUUCUCCUUGAUUUUGAAGAGGGGCACUGUUGUCUUGAUUAAAGCCCUUGUCGGCGUUUUUUUUUUUUUUUUUGACCGGUGAGCAGUUCGGCGAGACCAGGUCCCGUUCAAGAUGCCGCCCGUUUUUAUCAAGGGUGGCGUUUGGACCAACGUCGAAGAUGAGGUUCUCAAGGCCGCGGUCAUGAAGUACGGUCCCAAUCAGUGGGACCGAGUCGCAUCGCUGUUGCAUCGCAAAUCUGCAAAGCAAUGCAAGUACCGCUGGUAUGAGUGGCUGGACCCGUCCAUCAAGAAAACAGAGUGGAGCCGUGAGGAGGAGGAAAAGCUGUUGCACUUGGCCAAGACCAUGUCGAGUCAAUGGCGUACUAUUGCUCCCAUGAUUGGCCGUACUCCGAUCCAGUGCCUUGAACGCUACGAAAAGUUGCUGGACCAGGCCCAGAAUGCCGGUGGGGCUGCCGGCGAAGCGGACGCGGCUGACCACCACGAUGCGCGCCGCCUCCGACCGGGAGAGAUUGACCCCAACCCUCAUACUCGCCCGGCUCGCCCCGACCCCGUGGAUAUGGAUGAGGACGAGAAGGAGAUGCUGUCCGAGGCCCGUGCCCGUCUGGCUAACACGCAGGGUAAGAAGGCCAAGCGUAAAGCUCGCGAACGCCAAUUGGAAGAGGCCAAGCGCCUUGCCCGCCUGCAAAAGCAGCGCGAACUUCGUGCCGCUGGGAUCAACGUGCGCGAGCGCAAGCGCCGUGGUCGCAACGUGGACUACAACGCGGAAAUCCCCUUUCAACGCACCCCAGCACCAGGCUUUUACGACGCUGGGGCCGAUGAUCCCGUGCGCCCCCGUGUCAAGCAAGGCAUGCGCUCAGAUGUUGAAGGUGUGCCUCGCAAGGUGCGUGAGGAACAGGAGCGACGAGAAGAACAGAAGAAACUGGAAGAACUCAAGAAAAAGGACAUGGCGGCUGCUUUGCGCAAGAUUCACCGCGUCUCUGGCGAUGAGCCCACAAACAAGCGCUCAAAGUUGUUGCUGCCAGCGCCUCAAGUCUCAGACCGCGAUCUGGAGGAUCUCGUCAAGCUCUCCAAGUCUGGUGCCGAGGCCGCUGCUGAAGUUGAUGGCAAGGGCGCCUCAAACUCCUUGCUGCAAAACUACGCUGAAACUCCCAGUUUCCACGCCGCUCGAACCCCGCGCGCUCCACAGGAGAAGGACUCACUCCUGACUGAGGCCCAAAACAUCAUUGCGCUCAACCAGACGUCUUCCGUUCUGGAGGGUGGCGCCAAUACACCUCUGCACGAUAACGGGGGGUACUUUGACGGCAUGACGCCAAAGCGCAAGGAGGUGGCAACGCCGAACCGUGUGUUGACUACCCCGUACCGCGGCUCCAACGUGGCCGUCACCCCUGGCCGCAACACCUCGGGAGCUAUCCCCGACGCGGCGAACACGCCCUUGCGUGACAAGCUGGGCAUCAACAAGUCAAGCGAUAGCUCCCUGAUUACGCCACGAAACCGCCAGGAGCUCGAGCGCAACAAAGACUUGCGGAGCUCGCUCCGCGACGGUCUGGCCUCGCUGCCUGCGCCUCGCAAGGACUACGACAUUAUGGUUCCAGAUGUUGAGGAGGAGGAACAAGACGCGACUGCGGUUCGCGAGGAGGACGCUGCGGCCAACGAUGCUCGUCGUGCCGAGCGUGCGCGUCAAAACGAGGCUGCCAACUUUAAACUGCAGACACAGGCGUAUCAGCGCAAGUUGUCAUUGCCCAAAACAGUCAAUGACAAAAUCCUGCGCAACGCUGAUCUGACCGACCCACUUUUGAUUGCGGAUGAGAUUGUCAAGGAGGAGAUGUUGCAGCUGCUGCGCAGCGACAAGGGCGAGAUCAGGCGGUUACCCCUGCUCCAAGCCAGCGCCAAGGCUGACGCUGAGGCAGUGUUGCAGGCGGAAAUGGAAGCGUUGGCUGCUGAGGCUGGUGACACAGAUCUGGUGGCACGGCACCAGCGCUUUGUGGCGGCGCGCGCUGCCCAGCUCGACGCCAUUGUCCAUGUCCCCUCCCAGCAAAAGUUUGCCCGCGUCGAGACAGUCAGCCAAAAGGAGAAGAUUGAGGGUCUGGAGGUGGAGCACCGCCAGCUCCGCGAGCACAUGGCCAAGGACAACAAGAAGGCUGCCAAACUGGAGAAGCGUCUGAACAUUGCCCUUGGUGGUUAUCAGAAACGUGCCCAAGGCUUGCGUCAAAGCAUUGAAGAAAUGGUGAUGGAAAUGGCCGAGUGUCAAGCCCAGCUCAAGGGGUUUGAGGUCCUGCGUUUGGCCGAGUUGGCUGCCAUCCCGGAGCGCCUGGGCGAGCUCAAGGCCCGCGUGAGUGCCCAGGAAGCAAAGCAAACAGCCUUGCAACUGCGGUACAAAGCGCUCACCGACGCGCUCACCGCUUAAACCUCUGCUGGCAUUUCCGCUGUUUGUUGAGCACGAGCCUGUUGCAAUUCACUCUGAAGCGAG